AUGAGUGAAAGUAUUCCUUUUAUUGAUGAAUAUGGAUUCUGCAAUCAAUGGUCCCAAAAACUUAUUGACGAAUAUGUAAGUGAGCGUGCCACUCGCGAACAAAAACAAAGUGACGUUUGGACAAAUUAUAUUAAAAGUGCAGGCGGAAUAGAGAAAAUCUAUGUAAAAUCUUCAAAAUUCAAAAAGUUAAUUCGUGCAGGAAUUCCUCAAGGAUUAAGACCUAUGAUUUGGGGUCAAAUCCUUGGACUCGAAGAAAAAAUCUCAAAAUCUAACGAUAUUUAUCACAGAUCAUAUAAAAUGGUUGAAGUUGUUCCCAAAAAUUAUCGUGAUAUUAUUGAAAAUGAUCUCAAAAGAACUUUUAAUGAUGCAGAAAAUUUAUCCAAAGAUAUUUUGCGUAAAAUCUUGAUUGCUUUUGCAGUAACUCAUCCUGAAAUUGGUUACUGCCAAUCUCUCAAUUUUAUUGCGGCUUUAUUACUAGUUGUAUUGGGUGAUGAACCAGCCUACCAUGCUCUAUGCACAAUCGUUGAAGACUUCUUACCAGCAGAUUACUACACUGCAGGAAUGCACGGAUUUCGUGUUGAUUUGCAAUUAUUCAAUUCAAUUUUACACGAAAGAACUCCAGAAGUCUGGAAACACGCAACAAAGCUCCACCACGAAUGGAUGCUUACAGCCUCCGGUUGGCUUCUUACAGUUUUCUCCAAUUCAUUUCCAAUUCCUACCGUCCUUAGAAUCUGGGAUUCAUUCCUUGUCGAAGGUCCCAAGAUCAUCUACAGAGUUGCCGUUGGCUUUUUGAGGAUUCACCAAGAAGAAUUCCUCAAAGCUCAGAAAUUAAGUCAGUUUACGAAUCUCCUCUCUAACUGCGAGAAGAAUAUGAUCGAUCAAGACCAAUUAAUGGAAAUGGCCUUUGGAUUGAGAGCUUUCUCUCGAAAUCAUCUUAUCGAGCAGAGAGUUGUCGCUGAAAGAAUCGUUGACACUGGUGUAGGAGAACAGCAGACUACACUCCUCCAUGAAAUGUUCGGAAAAUUCAACAUGUAA